CACUCUCCUUCAUCACUCACCCCGGGCUCUUGCCCACAGUCACUCCUUUUGAACCACCGGCGUUCCCCCUUUUGCUUUCUUGCUUCUUCAACAGACAGGCUAGACGCCGUCUCAUCAUGCAGCUUCUCUUCACCUCCCUCUUCGGGCUCUUCAUGGCCAACCAAGCGCUGGGCGCGGCCGUCUUUGCCCACUUCAUCCUCGGCAACGCAUGGAACUACAACCUAACCACAUGGGAGGAGGAUAUCACCCUGGCCCAGGAGGCCCAUAUCGAUGCGUUCGCCCUCAACAUGGGCUACGGCGACUCGAGCCUCGCCACCCAGGCGGCCCUGGCCUUCGAGGCCGCCAACAAACUCGACUUCAAGCUCUUCUUUUCCUUCGACUACGAGGGAGGCACCGGUGCCUGGCCCCAAGCCGACGUCCUCACUUACCUCAACAAGUACGCCUCCAACUCCGCCCACUACAAAUACAAUGGCAAGCCCUUCGUCUCCACCUUCGAAGGCACCGCCAAUGCCGCCGACUGGAUUACCAUCAAAUCAGAGACCAACUGCUUCUUCGUCCCUGACUGGUCCUCCCUCGGAGCCGAAGGCGCCCUCAAAGCCGGCGGUGGCGGCGUCCCCGACGGUCUCUUCAGCUGGGGCGCUUGGCCAUCCGGUCCCAACAACAUGGACAAUGCCACCGACCUCACCUACCUCGACCUCGACAUCCCUUACAUGAUGCCCGCCUCCCCCUGGUUCUACACCAACCUGGCCGAGUACUCCAAGAACUGGCUCUGGCGCGGCGACAGCCUCUGGCACGACCGCUGGGAACAGAUCUGGGAGCUGCAGCCGGAAUGGGUCGAGAUCAUCACUUGGAACGACUACGGCGAGAGCCACUACAUCGGUCCGAUUCGUGAAGAUGCUCUCAGUCUUAUGGAGACGGGCGGCGCUCCCCUCAACUACAUCGAGAACAUGCCCCACGAUGGCUGGAGACAUAUCCUCCCUUUCGCUAUCGAUACCUACGUCAGCAAGAACGCCUCCAUCACUGACGAAGCCCUCGUCACUUGGUUUCGUCCGAACCCCGGCCAUGCCUGCGGCACGGGAGGUACCACCGGUAACACGGCAAGUCAGGGACAGACCUUGUACGCUCCCGCCGAAGUCGCCCAGGAUAAGAUCUUUUACUCUGCUAUGCUCGACUCCCACGCCAACGUCACCGUCACGGUGGGAGGAAAGUCCCUCGGCGCGACCUGGGACAAGGCCCCUAGCGGAGCAGGACUCUACCACGGCGGUGUGGAAUAUGGUAGCGCCACCGGUAAGGUGGUAGUGACUGUCACCCGGGAUGGAGAGACGGUGGCUAGUGUGGCUGGGGAGUCGAUCUCCACUACCUGUGCCGAGACAUUGAGCAACUGGAAUGCCUGGGUGGGGUCCAACGUCACUACUACUAGUACUAAGGGGGUCGCGAGCCGUUCUCUGGACAAGGGCACACUCGAGGUGAUUAACAGACACGCGCACAAGCAUCUCCACAGAGGUCACAAUCAUUUUCACUGAUGUGUUUGACUACUGGGGGACAUUUGGUUUGAACGAGAACAUGGUUUUAUCUUCUUCAAUACAUAUUUGAAUGGGCUAUCCCAUACUUUUGAUAUCACACACCUCGAUGUAGAAAUCAUUGUAUCAAACUAGACGCGACAAAUUCCAAGGGUAGGAC